AUGGCCAGCUAUGAUCCAACUAUACCUUUCUUCGAUGCAAUUGAUACAAAUCAAGAUGGAAAAAUUGAUAAAAAUGAAUUUCGUAGAUGGGCUGCAAAUCCUGUAGGAGUGCGUUCUUCACCAUACGAGCCAUUGAAUAUUGAAUAUAAUCAUGGUCAUACGAUUCCUAGUCGAUUAGAUCGGUAUGAGCGUAAAGAUAUUAAUCAGAAUGCUUUUGAAUCUACAGCUAAUGAAUAUUCUUUAUAUAGAACUACAACAAUACCAAAAGAUUAUAUUGGUGAUCCGACAAUUGUUACUAGAAGUGUAGAAGAAACGGAAAUAUAUCUGGAAAAUCAUGGUAUUGAUCUUUGUAAGAAUCCACAAAUUAUUAGGCGAACAACAACUGAAAGGCCACCAACAUAUGAACAACGAGUUUCUGUUCGAUAUCUUCAGCCACCACCACUUCCACCAUCAGGAUCAAUUAUUAUUAAAGAAGUGCGUCCAGAACAGCCACCACCUCCUCCACCACUGAUCAUACGUGAACAGCCACCACCUCUUUCCUCACAACCAGCACUCAUUUUACGUGAACGACCACCAACACCACCGCCAAUACUUCCAAAUGAAACAGUUAUUCGUACCUUACCUCCCAUACCUGUUCCGCCACAAUCAGUUGUCAUCGAACGUUAUCCACAUCCUCCAGAAAAACCACGAGAUAUUAUAAUUGAACGAUGGAUACCGUACGGACGUCAAACUGAACGCCAUAAAUUUAUUCAACGGGCUCCUCCUCCUAGAGAAUAUCCAAAACCGAGUUGUACUAUUAUUAUUUACGGAAAUGUUCAAGGGCGUAUAGCCCGAAAAUUUGAAAAACUUGAUCCUACUAAUGCAAAUCCUGAAGAUUAUGUAGCCCGCUAUAGAGGAUCACUUUUAGAUCCAACAACAUUGGUUCAACAAGCUCGUAAUCUUGGUGUUGUCGAAGAUAUAACGCCUCCAGUAUCAUCAUUGUCAAUGAAUGUAUAUCCAUACGAAGGUAAUAGUGAUUUUCAUCAGUCAAUUGAGAUAAUCAGUGAAGUUUUUUCAUAUUCAGGUGCAAACAGUAGUGAAGGAAUUGAAUUAGAUGCUAACAGAAAUGCUACAACAUAUGGGACUAAAACGUAUACAUAUUCAGCACCGAACCGUAUUGGCGACAGUGCUUUAACUGGCAGUACCGGUGUUACUCGACGUCAAUAUCAGCCCGAUGAUGGAAGUAUUACCACUACCUAUAUUAACCGUGAUGGAAAAUUAUAUCGAACGGAACCUCACGAAUAUAUUUAA